CUCCACAUACAAAACGACCCCUCUUUCUAAAACUUACUUUGUUUCUUUGGAUAGAAAGAAGUGAUAGAGAGAAAGAUGGCAGCCUCAUUACAAGCCGCGGCUACACUCAUGCAACCCACCAAGGUGGGUGUGGCUCCUGCUCGCAGCAGUGUCCAGUUGAGGUCUUCUCAGAGCGUUUCAAAGGCUUUUGGUGUGGACGCAGCUGGUGCUAGGCUCACUUGCUCGUUGCAAACUGACUUAAAGGACUUAGCACAGAAAUGUCUUGAUGCUACCAAGAUCGCUGGCUUUGCCCUCGCCACUUCUGCUCUUGUCGUUUCGGGAGCAAGUGCGGAAGGUGUUCCAAAGAGGCUGACCUUUGAUGAAAUCCAGAGCAAAACAUACAUGGAAGUAAAGGGAACAGGAACUGCUAACCAAUGCCCAACAAUUGAAGGUGGUGUCGACUCAUUUGCCUUCAAGCCAGGCAAAUACCAAGCCAAGAAGUUCUGUUUUGAGCCCACUUCAUUCACUGUUAAGGCUGAAGGUGUGAACAAGAAUUCCCCACCAGAAUUCCAAAACACCAAGCUCAUGACCCGUCUUACCUACACUCUUGACGAGAUCGAAGGACCUUUUGAAGUAUCUCCUGAUGGCACAGUUAAAUUUGUCGAGAAGGAUGGUAUUGACUAUGCUGCCGUGACAGUUCAGCUACCUGGUGGCGAGCGUGUACCCUUUCUUUUCACCAUCAAACAGCUGGUGGCAUCAGGCAAACCUGAAAAGUUUGGAGGAGAAUUUCUUGUGCCAUCCUACCGUGGAUCAUCUUUCUUGGACCCUAAGGGCAGGGGUGGUUCAACCGGUUAUGACAAUGCUAUUGCAUUGCCUGCUGGAGGCAGAGGAGAUGAGGAAGAGCUCCAGAAGGAGAACAUCAAGAACACUGCAUCUUCAAGCGGGAAAAUCACCCUAAGUGUAACCAACAGCAAGCCUGAGACUGGAGAGGUUAUUGGAGUUUUUGAGAGCAUUCAGCCAUCUGAUACUGAUUUGGGGGCAAAGGUUCCAAAGGAUGUGAAGAUCCAAGGAAUCUGGUAUGCUCAGCUUGAGUCAUAGAGCUUUUCUUGUAUGAAUGUACCCUUUCCUUGUUCAGAUUUUGAAAUAUGUUGAAGUUGUUGCUAAACUUUUCUGUGACCCAAUCGAGAAGCACUGCGAAUAUCAUCUUGUUUGUAUAUUAUCAUGACUUUUUUAUAAUAAUGUUGUAAAAUUUCAGCUCAA